GUCAUUCGCGACGAUGAAGUCAUCCCGCGGUGCGAGGAGAACGAGCAAGGGGAGAAGUUCUGAACAAACCGGCACAGUAUCCUCUCCGGGGCGGCCGGCGUCUUCCCUAGGGGUUGUGCAGCCGAGGCAACCACCGGAGUCUGACGUCUUUUUUGACGCAGGGGGAGAGGAUGGGCCUCCUCAUUUGGCAGAAGGAGAUCAAGAAGAAGGAGAGUACGACGAAGAAGGUGUAGGAGAGGAAGAGGAAGAGGGGGAGGAAGUGGAAGAGGAACAGGCAGAGGAAGAAGCAGAAGACGAAGAAGAAGCCGAAGAAGAAGAAGAAGAGGACGAAGAGGGUGGGGAAGAAAAUCCAAUGGAGGAGGACAGUAGUUGGCAGAAAGAGUUCUUGAGGCACGACCUGUUCGCACGGACUUAAAGUUGUUCUUUUGGGUCGUGUACAUCACAACCGGUAUUGCUCUUCUUCACGUGAAGACCAGCAGCACUGGUGUGUAUUAAGAAAUUGGCGAAAUAUU